GCUGUCAAUAAUACUGUCAUUUGCAGCCACUUCUAAGGAUCUUUGAACCCAUCUUGAAGAAUGCUAGUAAAGAGCUUCUCCAAGGGAGUCACACAAGAUCCAUUUCUAUAUCUACUCCUUCAAACAGUGGCAUUAUGAAAUUUGCUAAAAAACAACUGACUUGCAUUGGAUGCAAAGCUUUAAUCAGCAAUUCAGAUCAUACUCUCUGCCCUCACUGCAAAGGAAGAGAGGCUGAACUUUACUGCAAGUCUAUAGCUAAUGUUGCUGAGUUGGAGCAGCUCUUUGGGAGACUAUGGACACAAUGCCAGGAGUGCCAAGGCUCUCUUCACCAGGAUGUGUUGUGCACUAGGUUAGAUGUGUGAUCCAUCAACUUGGUUUUGUAUACGUGCUUAUAUUGAGUUAUAUUU